UAAAAUUGCUCUAAAAUUACUUACGACUUUAAUUUUGUUUUUCGUUUUGUGUUUAGUUUAAAGUCUUCACAAAACUUGUGUAAAGAAUUAUAUGACUUUUAUUUCAAUUAACUAAAGUUUAAUUUCAAUUAAAAGCAAGUAUUUGCUGAGUAAACAGUGUGUUAUUUAUAAUAAAAGGACGCGAAUGAAUUAGUACUUCAUUUUGUUCGACUAAAAUUUUAUACUUAAUAAUUUUAUGUGUUAUAACUAUGGAAGUAUCAAAUGAAAUAAAAGAAGAUAUUCGAAGAACACAAACACAGCUAAAAAAUGCCAUUCAAGUACAUCAGAUCUGGGUAGCGCGUCUCCAAGAGGACGAAAGUAAUUCAGACUUAAAAAAUAAAGUAAAUGAAGCUGAACAGGAAAUCGUAGCUAUCGGACGUUCUCAAAAAUUAGUGGUGGAUAGACUGCGAAGAGAAUUAGAACUGUAUCAACAAAGACUUAGAGCAAAAAAUAAACAAGUCAGUAUAGAAAAAGACAAUCAUUAUAUUGCUCAACAACUGCGUGAACAUCAAUUUCAAUAUAGAAACAGGAAUCGGACAACAUCUCUUCUCAAACCCUCAGUUCUUAACGAGAUUCAAAUAAAAACUGAAAACACUAAUGAAGAUCUUAAUGUGUCAGAUACAGAAAAUGAAACAAAGCCACUCAAUCAUGACCACAUAAACAAUGAUGAUGUAAACUGCAAAGAGAGUUUUGUAAAAAAUUUUCCACAAUUGCAAAAUUUAGUUCACAGUGAAAACAGCAAUUUUGAAAAUGCGCUGAAUAAAGUGAAGGAAGUUUUUCUGGGAACGAAAUUUGACGACAAUGACUGGCCGGAUAGAACGGAUUCAGAUUCUUCAGCUCUUAGUGAACCAUCACUGGUCUCGUCACCACCCCCUUUACCCCAACCUGGUGAGCCAGUUUCUAAAGAAAUAUUCAUGAGGGCCCUUGGAUUGGUGACGCCUUCACAAAAGGAGUUAAUGGAGAAAAGAUUAAAUGAAUGUCGUAAGAGAUCGACGAGUGCCAAUAGAAGUGAUUUUGUUUACGGCAGUUUUGAUAUGAUUUCUAAGCGUAAGAAACUAAACCAUUUUCCAUAUCUGCAAAACCACAACGACCCGCCCCAGACCCGAUCAGCGAAACUGAGGAAACAGAAUCAGAGUAAAUCAUCGCGGGAAGGAUCGCCAUCAAGCUCCACAGAUAUUAAAGCUUGGGGUAACAAACCACCAUGGUUAUCAACACUCCCUACUGGAUUGUCAGUAGAGCCUGUAUUUUCUACGAAGAAAGUAUGUCAUGGUUGUGGGAGAAAUGAUGUGCCGUCCCUGCUGGUUUGGUGUAGCGCCUGUUCCGUGUGGCAGCACACGGGUUGCGGGGCAGGGGGGCGCUGUGCGGGGUGCCGUACCCCUCUGCCCGAACCCACCGCCGCCCCCUCGCCUCACGUGCCCCACGGCCACAAACAGCUCUAUACAGAUAAGUUAGCAGAACGCAAGCGCCUUCAAGAACGGAACAUAGAGCUUUGCGUGGAACUGCGAAAACUGGAAGCUCGCGCUGCGUCACUGAAGGAAAACCUCGACGAGCACAACGCGGAGAAGAGACAGCUGUUGGCUGACCAGAUCAAGACGCAGAGGAACCUUCAGAAACUGCUGGACUUCAUCAGUCAGUUCAAGGAGACGUCGGUCAGUGUCAGCGAAUCGGGAAGUGAAGUCAGCAAGAGUAAUGAGGAAUAGAUGUUGUGGCUCCAGUGUUAAGUAUUAUAAGAUUUGUUGAUUACAUUUAUUUCGAAUAUCAAUUCUAUUUUAUUUUUCAAGUUUUUGAUUUUAGAAUAUUAUUUAAGUUUCAAAUGUUUUAGACUUAGGGAAAUUACAAUCAAGCUAAUACUACAGACAAACAAUUUUGCCUUCAAAAAUUUAUACAUCGAAAAAAAAAGGUAAGGUCAAGUUGGUUUUUAUACAAUAUGAAUACCUAAUUGCGCCCUUUUAACUAAAGUACACUUCACUUAUUUUUUCUUCACACCUUAAACACAAAAUAAGAGACGAAAGCGUACUUAGGUAAAGUGUUUAUUGUGUCGGGUAGAUACAGAAAAUCACAAAUAUUAAAAAUGUUAUGUAGGUACCGACUUCCUUACAUAUUUAACUCGAAAAAUCCGAAUGAAUAAAUUAUUAAUUUGACGUUAUUUUUAUUAUAAAACAUGAAUAGCUAUAAUCUACCAAUUAGUCUACAUUUUAUAAAAAAUAUACAAAUGAUCGUCCCAUGCCCCCUUGGGAGCUUUACACACUCGCUCUUACAUGAGUUAUUUUUGAACACAGUUCUUUAGUAUUGCUUUUGGUUAUCAAGUAAUUAAUGUUACUAAUACUUCGAUUUAUUUUUCAUAUUGCAUCUUAUAAUGUGGGUCUGAGAAUGUAGAAAAUUUGAAUUUAAAACUUGUUUUUUUU